AUGUCUCCCUUACAUAUACGGGAAAAGUGGUUUUUGAACUUAACCAGCAUUUCCAUCCCUCGCGUCGUUCAGGGCUUACUCCAGCUUAGUGACGGUUUUAGCCUUCCUUUCUCUGACAAUAAGAGCAAGAUAUGCUUUGAAUUUAUCAAGAGAGUGGAGAGUAGUGCCUACAGAUUACCGGCCAUUAAGAAGGUUGGUCUGAGGAACUACACCUCCGCAAUUGUUAACAGGCUUUUCGAUUCCAACCCUUUUUUGAACUCCAUUGGGUUGGAGUUAAGAUCAGCCUUGAGAGAUACCAACAUCUUUAUCCGUCACCAUCCCGAGAUCAUUUUCACGAGGGCAGACAAAGGCAACACUACAGUAGCUAUGCUGAAGUCUGAAUACAUGGAGAAAAUGAGUGCUUUACUAGGAGACGAAACCACCUACUCCAUUAUUGACAGAAAUCCUACCAGAAAGAUCAUUUCAACGCUGGUCUCCCUCCUUACGCGUUGGAAAAAUAAAAAAUAUAUCACACAGCAGAAAUAUCGCUCUUUACAUGUCAGUGACGGCAUCUUACCUAGGGCUUAUGGCCUACCUAAGAUCCACAAACCCGAUUGCCCACUCAGAAUCAUUGUGUCUUCUAUUAACACUCCUCUGUAUGACCUAGCUUCUUUCCUACAAAAGAUCCUACACAAGAGUUUGCCUAUAAAUGGAUCCAGCAUCAAGGACAGCUUUACACUUGUCGAAAAGCUGAACAACAAAGAACAGACACACGGCAGUCCUAUGAGGUCUCCUCUGUCCCCUGACGCUGCGGAGAUUGUCAUGCGGGAUCUUGAGAAUAAGGCCUUGAAACGACUCAAAUAUAUUCCACCUUUUUAUUUCCGCUAUGUCGACGACGUUGCAUCUGCGGCGCCCCUUAACUUCUUACAAGACACCCUUAACAUUUUUAACUCCAUUCACAACAGGCUACAGUUUACAAUAGAAAUUAGUAAUAACAACACCCUUAAUUUUCUCGACACCACGAUAAUAGCUGCCAAUGAAAGACUGAUAUUUGACUGGUAUCACAAACCGACCUUUUCUGGACGAUAUCUCAGCUUCUUUUCCAGCCGUCCAAACGGCCAAAAGAGGGGAGUAGCUAUGGGUUUAAUUGACAGGGCCUUCAGGCUAUCCCAUACUAGUUUUCACCAAAAAAAUCUGUCUCUGGCCAUCACUCUCUUACUCGAGAAUGGUUAUCCAUUGGACUUCGUUUUCGCGAUAAUUGUGAAAAAGCUUAGUUCUCUUUUAAAAAAAUCUAUCUCGGGGCCUCUGGACGAUGAAAAGCCAAGCGGUAGGUCUUAUCUGUCUGUUCCGUACGUAAAAAAUAUAUCAGAAAAAUUCACUCAUCUCGCCAGUACUAUGGAUGAAAAACUGAGUUUUUACGGCUUUAAUCGACUAAACGGCCUUAUUAAAGUACACAAGGACACUGUCGAUAACGUUUCUCAAAGCAACGUGGUGUAUCGCAUCAACUGCGCUGACUGUGAUGCUUCGUACACGGGACAGACGGGUAGACUAUUGGAAACCCGUAUCAGGGAACACAAGCGA